AUGCGCACCCGGAACCCAGCCAGACUCCUGCGGCUGGCAGGAGAGAGCCUGCUGAGGGACCAGGCCUCAGUCAUCACAGCUCUGGAGUACCUGCCCGCUGAGCUCUUCCCGCUACUGUUCAUUCAGGCCUACCGUAGGAGAAUUCGGGAGCCCCUGACGGUGAUGGUGCGCGCCUGGCCCUUCACUCUCCUCCCUCUGGGCUGCCUGUCACAGCUGUCACUGGACCAGGUCUUAAAAGCCGUGUUGGAUGGGCUAGAUGUUCUGCUUGCCCAGGAGGUUCGCCCCAGGAGGUGGAAACUGCGGGUGCUGGAUUUAAGGAACACAGGUGCCAACUUCUGGAGAAUGUGGUGUGGAGACAGCACCUGGAAUUGCUCACCUGAGGGACCAGUGGCUGUGCACAGCUCCAGCCCCAACACUGAGCACCCCUUGGCUCCCUUGGAGGUGUUCCUAGACCUUAACUUCAAUGAAAGGGAUGGGGAUGAGUUUCUCAAGUUCAUCAUCCAAUGGGCCCAGCAGAGGGAAGGAUUGCUACACCUGUGCUGCAAGAUGCUAAGGAUUUCUGAGGUGCCCUUCCAGAGGGCCAGGAAGGUCCUGGAUGGGGUGCAGCUGGACUGCAUCCAGGAGGUGGAAGUGAACUACACGUGGGACCUGCCCACCCUGGGGACGUUUGCUCUUUACCUGGGUCAGAUGCGUAACCUGCAGAGACUGUCUCUCUCCCACAUCCACGUGUUGACAGAGGAGGAGGAUGAGGAAGAGGAGGAAAUGGAGGAGGAGGAGGAGGAUGAAGAGGAGCAGGAGUGGGAGGAGGAAGAGGAUUGGGACAGAAAGCAGGAGGAGCAGCGAUUCUUUUCCCAAUUCCUCUCUCAGAUGCUCAGGCUGCAGCACCUCCGGGACCUCAAAAUGGAUUCUCCUUCCUUCCUCCAAGGCCGUAUGGACCAGAUGCUCAGGUGCCUGCAGAAUCCCUUGGACAAACUCUCCAUAACAAAUUGCCAGCAGCUGACCCAUUCAGACCUGACACACCUGUUCCAGUGCCCGAACCUCAGGCAGCUAAAGUCCCUGCAUCUAUUUGGUCUCAGCCUCAUGGAUUUUAGUCCCGAGCCCCUCCGAGCUCUGCUGGAGGCAGUGGCACCCACCCUCCAGGACCUGGGCCUGGAUAACUGUGCGAUGGUGGACUCCCAAAUCGAGGCCAUCCUGCCUGUCCUGAGCCGCUGUCACCAGCUCAGGGACUUCACCAUCCCUGAGAACAACUUUUCCGUGGCCACCGUGGGGAAGCUGCUGCGCCACACAGCCGGGCUGCGCAGUUUAGAGCUCGAGCUGUACCCCGUCCCCCUGGAGUGUUACAGGAUCCAAGGGACUGUCAACAAGGAGAGACUUGCCCUGAUUCGGGCUGAGCUCGUGGGGAUACUGAGGGAGUUAGGGCAGCCCAGGACCAUCUUUCUUGGCACCAAGUGCUGUCACAAAUGUGGCAAAAGUAAAGUUUAUGAGGUGGAGUUUUCAUGA